AUGACAGAGACACAGUUCCCCCUCCCACCUGAUAAUGAAGUGUCCCUGAAGUGUAGUCCCGGAUACACUCUGACUGGAGACAGCACUGUCACAUGUGUAGAGGGAACAGCGUUCUCCUUCACUAAAAUCCCCUCUUGUCAACAACACGAGUGUGCGUCUCUCCCGGACACAACCAACCUAGAAACAAAGACAGAUUUUCCAGUGCAGCAUGGUGUGGUGGUGACAGUGAACUGUGAGACUGGAUACCAUCUGUCAGGAGCUGAUACUAUCACCUGUAUGAAGGGUAAUAUAUACAAGUCACAUCAAGAUCCUACAUGUAUUGCAAAGACUUGCACUGGUCUCCUUGAAAUCACAAACCUGCACGCAAGUGUGCAGUUGCAAACAGAAACACAGUUCCCAGUGAGUUACGGCACCAUAGUACCAGUACAGUGUUCAGAGGGGAGGACGCUGAGAGGGGACCAGGUGAUCACGUGUCAACAAGAUACUAACUUCAGCUUCCAGAACAAACCCCGUUGUAAUGACCUUGGAACUUGCUCGGAAGUGCCGCUAGACAGUAACCUCUACGCAAGCUCCCAGUUCCCUGUGAAUAUGAGUACAACAGUGGAUGUGAACUGUGUGGCUGGAUACUCCUUGAAUGGAGACAGAACCAUCACCUGUAUCCAGGACGCCGAGUACAGCUCGAGUAGGAACUUUCCUUACUGUGCCAUUGACAAGUGUACUGGAUUGCUGGAUGAUUUCUUCAACAUCGAGACCAACCCUUCACUUCCAGUAGACUACGGAACAAGAGUGGAGCUGGUGUGUAUACAAGGAUACAGUCUGACAGGGAGCAGUCUCAUCACCUGUAUCAAGGAUAAGAUCUGGGAGUAUGAAGAAACUCCUCACUGCGUUCUCGACACGUGUACUGAACUCCCAGCAGCCCUAUCAGACAUGACUACUACCAGCACCUUCCCCGUGAUAGUAGGAACAGUGGUGGAAGUUGUCUGUGAGCCAGGCCAUACUCUUGCCGGGGACAAUACCAUUACAUGUGAGAAGGGAGUGGUCUUCAAAAUGGAUCAGCGUCCUACUUGUACCAUAGAUCAUUGCACUAGACUGUUGACAGAGAACUAUCUCGUCACUGACUCCAGUUUCCCUGUCGUAUACGGGACCAUGAUCUCAGUGUCCUGUGAGCCAGGUUACUCCGUGAUGGGAAGUAAGGAGAUCACCUGCAAGAAGGGUAUCGUGUUUUCCCAUCAGCUCUCUCGGCCCAAGUGUGUUGACCCAGGAGAAGCUAAAAGCGCUGAAAGACCAAAAAGCAUGCUGUUGAAUCAGCACGCUGAAGAAGUACAGAGACUGGUGAACAAGCUGAUAAACUCAGACAGCAGCAAAAACUUCAAGUGA